GGAAGCCAGAAGCGCCUGAAUCGCCGGCCCAAAGAUGGCGUCCUCCGCUUCUGCUGGGACCCCGGCGGGGAAGCGGGUGGUGAAUCAGGAAGAACUGAGGCGGUUGAUGAAGGAGAAGCAGCGCCUGAGCACCAACCGGAAGAGGAUAGAAUCUCCGUUCGCCAAGUACAACCGUCUGGGGCAGUUGAGCUGCGCACUUUGUAACACUCCGGUCAAGAGCGAGCUCCUGUGGCAGACCCAUGUUCUGGGAAAGCAGCACCGGGAGAGAGUAGCCGAGCUGAAAGGCGCCAAGGGAGCAACCCAGGGCCCGUCCGCCAGCGCGGCGCCUCAGCCCAUCAAGAGGAGAGCGACGGAUGCGGAGAGCCAUGACGCCAAGAGAACCAAGGCCUCCGUGGGACCUCAGGUACAGCCCUCCACCUCGGCCUCGCCCGCCAACUUUGAGAAAUCGGGAAAAGAGGCCGCUAGGGCAACCUCCAGUAAACCUUCUGGACUCGGUUUACUCCCUGAUUAUGAAGAUGAGGAAGAGGAGGAGGAAGAAGAGGGAGGUGGAGAAGGAAGAAGGGACAGCAGCAAGCAUCUUCCAGAUGCACAGGGCAAAACCAAAGAACAUUCGCUUGCCUCUCCGACAAGUAAUGUGCUGCCAAAUGAUCCCUUUAAUACAAAUCCUCCCAAGGCCCCCUUAGUUCCUCAUUCAGGGUCAAUUGAGAAAGCAGAAAUACAUGAAAAAGUGGUGGAAAGGAGAGAGAACACCGCCGAAGCAUUACCAGAAGGGUUCUUCGACGACCCUGAGGUAGAUGCAAAGGUCCGGAAGGUUGAUGCCCCCAAAGAUCAAAUGGACAAAGAGUGGGACGAGUUUCAAAAGGCCAUGAGGCAAGUCAACACUAUUUCCGAAGCUAUAGUUGCUGAAGAGGAUGAGGAGGGACGGUUGGAUCGGCAGAUUGGAGAGAUUGAUGAGCAGAUAGAGUGUUACCGUCGGGUGGAAAAGCUGCGGAAUCGCCAGGAUGAAAUAAAAAACAAACUUAAAGAGGUUCUGACCAUAAAAGAAUUACAGAAGAAGGAAGAAGAGAAUGUGGACAGUGAUGACGAGGGAGAAUUACAGGAUUUGCUGUCUCAGGAUUGGCGGGUGAAAGGGGCUUUGCUGUAAGGUUUUGAAGAUCCAAGCUUUCCAUCAUUCUCCGCUACCCCGUAAAAAGUGCUGUGUUCUAGUACUUGUGUUACUCUAGCCUUGGGUACCCUGAGUUGUUGAGAUAAAAUAAGCUAGUGAGCAGUAAUACUUCGGGGAAGGUACAGCGGUGCUAUUUAUUAUAAAAUGUUUAAGGUAAAUCUGUUUUUGAAAUUAUAACUGCAAAUUGCCAACUUUUUCGUGUUUACAGACUUAAUGUUGAUUUUCAGUUGUAAAUACUGUACAUAGCUAAAUAUAUAUUUACAUAAGUCACUGUUUUGAAACUUAUAAAUAGAAGUCAGACCAAAAAGACACAAGUUUCUAUGACCUCGAUGUGCAUAUAUAUUUUCAAGCCUUAAACUCCAGGGUUUGGGGCUUUGGGGAGCUUGUUUUUAAAAGGCUACUCAUAAACACGUAUAUUUUUUCAUAAAGCAGUGAAUGAAUAUUCUUUUUUCAAAAGCAUAUUUCAUGAGAUCACUGAGAAAAACAUGCCACAAAUGCCCAACCUCCUUAAGCCAACAUUUCUUUGGACAAGACCAAUGAUUGUCAAAAAUGUAGGUCAGUAUCGCCUGUGAAACUUUUGAUUGUGCAUUGAAUGUCAAAUCACCUAUGCAACAUUAGUGCCUGAACCCUAGCCUUAGAUUCCAUAAAUCUAAAGGGGUCCAGAUGACAGUAUUCUUGAAUGUUCCCAGGUUAUUCUAAUAUAUGCCCACAUUAGAGAGCAGCUGCCCUAAGUCCAGACCUAUUUCUAUAUUAUUUCAGGGUUGGUUUUCCUCUAACAUGUUCUGUAAAUUUGCUAUACUCCCUGCCCCGCAGUGGUGCUAGGCAUGUACCACCACUGAGCUGGUUUCGAGUGAAGGAAAUGUUACCUUUUAUUUCUACCCCCAUUGAGGCUGAAAUUUGAUUUUUGUGGUAAAUUAGGCUUGUGUUUACAGGUUCUUUCAAUUGCAGGAAGAUGUUCAUGUUGCUAAGAAAGCAAUGACAAUUGCCUUAUAGUAACUGUUGAUAGUUUAAAGUACUCUACUCCUCCAAAGUACUUGGAGGAUGAGGUGUUCAAAAAGGAAAAUAAAUAGCAGUGUUUUAUAUACAGCAUGUUCAAAUUUAAUAAUAAUAAUAGCUAAGACGUACUAUUUGUUCUAAGCAUAAGCCAGACAGGGUUCUAAAUACUUUACAUAUAUUAACCCAUUUUAGUUCAGACUUCAUAGGGGGAAGCCCAAGAAAAACGGUCUGAAAACCUUAAAAACUAUGAACUGGAGAGAUGGCUCAGCAGUUAAGAGUUCUGGCUGCUCUUCCAGAGGACUCUGGUUCAAUUCCCAGCAACCACAUGGCAGCUCACAACUGUCUAUAGCUCCAAUUCCAUGGUAUCUGGCACCUUCACAGGUAUACAUGUAGGCAGAAACACCAAUACACAUAAAAUAAAAAUAAAUCUUAAAAAAUGUUUUAUAAAAAACAAACAAAACUGAUGUGGUGAUUCACACCUGACACUCAGCUUUUGGGAAACCUAGGGAGAUGGCUGAAGUUUGGGAAACACCUGAACUACAUAGUGAUAUCAUGUCCAAAAUGGAAAAAAAAAAAAAAGCCUUAAGUUCUAAAGAAUUGUUCCACCAGGCAAUGAGAAACUAAAUAGAGGGGUUUUUGUCUUUAAACAGAAGAUUCUGUGAUGAUUGGGUGUUACUCUAGUUGUCGUAUAUGGUAUAGACGGAGCACAGGACAAGGAACUGGGAAAUUACAUAAAAACUACUUCAAAAGUAAAGUGACUAAAACUGACUAGUAUGGACAAAGUGAGGGGAAAGUAACAAAAUUCCUCAGGAAAAGCUAACAUAUUAAAGAUGUGUAUUUUAUGUA